ACCUAGUCGACUAUUUUCGUACAUCUCGUGGUUGUUGCCCAAAUGAACAACCACUGAUAGAACCAACCGAUGGUGAGGUUGUCGUCUCACUUGAGAAACACAGAGUUAAGUCUACAUUGACCCAUGUGUCUGCGAUGUAGCUUUUGGUCCUGAUCGCUGCACCUCAGUGGCAAGUCGCAUGCAAAAGGUCAACCGGUGAAGAGGGUAUCGUCCUUCACGAUGUUACCAGCAAGCUACAGGAACUUUUUGUCCAGUGGCUUGCGUUCGAGACCUAGGCCAUUGCUGUUGGACUGCACCUUGACUCUCGCCGUCGCUAAAUAUAAUGCUCUACCGCGAGUCACCAGUCUUAACUCUGGUGUAUAAAAGGCAAGAAGCAUCUUCUCAGGAGAAUAUGUCAGAUCUGAAGCAAGCAGCGCAAAUCCAAUCACAUCUUCUCAUCUUGUCUACAUCUCAACAUCCGAUCAACAGCAACUAUGAAGGCCUCCGCACUCAUUUCAGCUCUGUUCGCUUCCAGCGCUCUGGCAGCUAUCGGAAGCUACUGCCACGACAGCAAGGGCAACUACGGAACCUGCCAGAAGACCUCCAAGUGCAGCUCUCUCAACGGCUACACCAAGACCAACCUCUGCCCCAAUGAUCCGGCCGAUGUGAAGUGUUGCUUCUACCCAGACUGCAACAGCAACGGGUACUGCCAGAAGGAUACUCUCUCUUGCAGCGGCUCAUACUCCACUGGUGACUGCCCUGGUCCCUCUGGCUACCGUUGCUGCAACGUCAGGAAGCCGCCCAUUUGCGGCAGAGGCGACAGGAACAAGCGUUGCAUUCCCCUCUGAGUGCGGUACAAGGUGGACUGGGCAAGAACACGUAUGUAGUUAAAUUGGACAACAGACGUGCUUUACCGUAGACGUUUACCUGCUCGAACACAAG